CGUAAUCGCUAGUACACUCGCUCCGCGCGCACCGUGACGUACGCGGAGUGCCGUACUCGUGCCCAUAUCAUUUGACUUUGCUCUUGACACACGUAGCAACACACUAUAGAGUCCGUCCGUUUCUCCACGGCGGUGUUUACCACGAGGAAGCGCGAUAAAGGCAAAAAGAAGAGAGAGAGAGAGAGAGAGACAGCUCGUACAAGUCGGAUAAGUUGCUAACGAGAAGAGCGGAAAAAACGGCGGGGUCCAUGCAGAUGAAUCGUCCGUGGAGAAAGACGCUUGUGGGCUUUUACGAAAUCGGCCGCACAAUCGGAUUUUUCGGCUCUCUCUGAGAAUAAGGGACUCGAGGAUCCCGCAUCCUCGAAGAAAAAUCGCAAUCGUCGAGAAAAAGGGGCCAAGAAGAGGCGCUCACGCGCGCGCGGGCGCGCGCACACGCACGCACGCACGAUGAGCCGUAGACCCCGUCGUGAUAUAACAUUGUGAUCAGCGGACUGUGAUAUAUACUUGUACAUACGCAUUGUAUACCUCACUUUAACCUUACCUUACUUAUCUUGCCGAGGAGCCCGAGGUCUUCCCCGCGGAUAGCUUCGACCACACAGCGACUUGCGCAUCAUGGCAGAGAAGAAUUGCGGUACACAGAACCCCGAGAAGACGUCGCUGGUGGACUCGGCGCUAGUUCCAAAAUUCCAGCCAUCCACGCUGCCGAAUGACGAGAAAGCUGCAAACGGCAGCGACGCGCACGAUGAUCCCGAAGACGCACGACCGCUCAGAGGUAGCGCCGUCAGACAAGUCUUGGCCUCGCUGGUCGCCCAGCUCGGUACCAUCAACACCGGCAUGACCUUCGGCUUCUCUGCCAUCGCCUUACCGCAACUUCAAGAGCCAAACAGCACCAUUCCUAUUACCGAAGGAUCAACGGAGGAGUCGUGGAUCGCUAGUAUGUCAUCCAUCGGCACACCGAUCGGCUGCCUCAUGUCCGGUUAUAUGAUGGACAUGUUCGGCAGGAAACGCUCACUCAUCAUCACCGAGAUCCCGGCGCUUCUCGGCUGGCUGUUGAUCGCCUUCGCCAGCGACAUACGCAUGAUAUACGCCGGCCGCUUCUUCGUAGGUCUCGGCUCAGGCAUGGUAGGUGCACCGGCGCGCGUGUACACCAGCGAGGUGACGCAGCCGCACCUACGAGGCAUGCUGACCGCGUUCUCGAGCGUCGGUGUCAGCACCGGGGUGCUGAUCGAGUAUGCGUUGGGCAGCGUACUCACAUGGAAUAUUUGCGCCGCGAUUAGCGGCAUCCUACCUCUCACCGCCCUCCUGCUGAUGUUCCUCUUCCCGGAGACGCCGUCUUACCUCAUAUCGCGCAGCAAGCCGGACCAGGCGAAGAAAGCGCUGCAAAAGUUCCGCGGCAGUACUUACAAUGUAAAUCAAGAGAUGGAGACGUUAUUGGAGUUCUCAAACAAGAACAACAUUAAGCGGCUGACCGGUUUCCGGGAAAUCGUUUGCGCCCUGCUAAAGCCGAACGCGCUCAAGCCGUUCACCCUGUUGUUCCUUUACUUCUUGAUCUACCAGUGGUCGGGCACCAAUGUCAUCACCUUCUACGCCGUCGAGAUCUUCAAGGAUUCAGGCGCGAGCUUGAACAAAUACCUGGCGGCUGUGAUCCUCGGCCUAGUACGGCUCGGUUCUACCAUCGUAGCUUGCGUCCUCUGCCGAAGAUGCGGCAGACGACCGCUCACGAUGGUGUCGUCCAUCGGCUGCGGCCUCUCCAUGGUCGGAUUGGGCAGCUACAUGUGGCUGAAGGAUUACUGGACCACGAAUGCGUUGCCGUUGGUCGCCACGUGGAUCCCGGUGGCGUGUAUAUUCUCAUAUACGGUGGCUUGUACGUUAGGUUUCUUAGUGAUACCGUGGAUAAUGAUCGGCGAGGUCUAUCCUGUACAAGUGCGUGGCAUUAUUGGCGGUUUAACCACCAUGACGGCGCACUCGUUCGUCUUUAUGGUGGUGAAGACUUAUCCGUUCUUGGCCAGCUCGCUCACUCGCCACGGCACGUUCAUCCUUUACGGCUGUAUCUCGCUGCUCGGCACGAUAUACUUUUACAUAUGUCUUCCGGAAACCAAAGGUAGAACGUUACAAGAGAUCGAGGAUUACUUCUCUGGGAGGGGUGAUACUUUGACGACAGGCAGGAUAAGUAAUAAGCCAAAGGUCCUGGAAAUUAAGAAAGGCCAGAUAUUACCGUGAACGAAAGAGAUCGCGAUUCAAAUUCGCUCUCGCGAAUCGCGACGAGAUCUUCGCUCGCUGUAUGUUUAUCUACGUGAAGCAGUUUGCCGUCGCUCAGGAGAGAAGAGAAGUCGCAGCAUUUUCGCUCGUAGCGAUUUAGCUUAUUAGAACGAAGGGAUAAUGAAGUGUAAGGUAUAUAUUAACUAUCUCAAUUGUCUUAUUUCUUUUUUAUAGAGGUUACGAAACAGGCAAAGUACUCAAAAGACUUGGACAUUUAUUACGUGACGUGAACAUGUACAUUAGAAGAUAACGUAAAGUACGAUAACGUUUCUGACGGAAUCCGUCAGAUGAUGGAAGGCGCCAUAAAGGGAAUGUGCACACUAUCGCUGCGAAAUAUUAUAGAAACGCACUUACAGGAAGGAAAAUAUUACUGUUGUAUAUUUUAUCGCGAAAGUGAUUGUUUGUACAUUUAUAAAACCGCAUGGAAAAUGAUUGGUUUCGUAUAUUGAGUUUCGAAACGGUUUGAACACUUCUAAUGAAAGUACUUCUGGAUAUUAAGGAGAAAUAUUUCAUUAUAUCUUAUUGAAUCAUCUCUCGAUUGUAUAUCAUACUACAAACUUUAAAAAAACUAUUCAUACUAUACAUAUUAAAACGUUUACAUACUACAUUAAAAAAAAAAAAAGUAUUUCAACCGUUUUGAAACUCAGUGCGCAGAUAAAGUCAUCUUUAAGCGUUCUCAUGACGUCGAUCAUGAAUGUCGAAUGUUCGUAGUGAGAUGUUCCUCGUACAAAGUACGAUACAAACGAGAAUUCCGAAUACGUGUCUCAAGUUCAUUCGCGAAGAAAUCAAACAAGAACGAUUUCAAGAACGAUAAUGCAAUCAACGGCGUAUGCACAAACAAAGGUUUUAAAGGAAAAUGGUGCUAUUUAUUGUAUAUUAUAGUAUUAAAUUGUGUGACGUCUGUAUGUGACGUGAUGAACUGCAGUAACGAAAGUCCGGUAACGAAAACUGCGUAACGAAACUCCGGUGAAGAAAAGGUUCGUAUACCUGCUGCCUCUCUCAGCACGAAUAGUAAAAUAAUUAUAAUAUAAGAAUUAAAUUUUAAACUUAAUUAAAAGUGUUCUAUAUGCGUCGACGGAAAGCGGCUAAAAUAUUUCACCAGAAUUAAAUUGAAUUCUCGAAAAUAUAUUUAUUGUAGAGCUCACAGUGUCAUUCCUCCCAUUGUCACAGGGUCAAAAACCUCAACUGACGCACUGUGCUUUUAAGAAUGAGAGUAAAAUUUCUUACAUGUUAUACUUGCAAAAUGCCUUGACAUUGUUACCUAUAAUAGGCGUUUAACGAAUAAACAUGUACGAAUAGUAUAUAUAUUUUUUUAUAAGCAAGCGAAGAGAGUAAAUUAUAUACCGCUCGUUUAAAAAG